CACUUUAGUAUUCCCAAACUCACACUCGCAAAUGGUUACAAAUUAUUUGGCUAUAAACUUUAUAAUUUUUUAUAUAAAAAUAUCUAAUAUAUAAAAGUAUUUAAAUAAAAUCAACAUGCAUAUUAAGUUUACCAUGCUCCUUCUUUGUGUAGUCGCUAUGUUGGUGACAACUCAAGCGAAACCUUGUUAUUUUGGCGAUUGCGGUGAUAACGAAGGUGAACGUGGUUACGAUGACGGCAACGGUUACGGGGGUGGUUCAGAAAACUAUAACACCGGCAGUUACGGAGAUGAUAACAGACUCGAUGACGGCAACGGUUACGGGGGUGGUUCAGAAAGCUAUAACACCGGCAGAUACGGAGAUGAUAACAGACGCGAUGACGGCUACGGUAACGGGGGUGGUUCAGAAAGCUAUAACACCGGCAGAUACGGAGAUGAUAACAGACGCGAUGACGGCUACGGUAACGGGGGUGGUUCAGAAAGCUAUAACACUGGCAGUUACGGAGAUGAUAACAGACGCGAUGACGGCUACGGUAACGGGGGUGGUUCAGAAAGCUAUAACACCGGCAGGUACGGAGAUGAUGACAGACGCGAUGACGGCUACGGUAACGGGGGUGGUUCAGAAAGCUAUAACACCGGCAGUUACGGAGAUGAUAACAGACGCGAUGACGGCUACGGUAACGGGGGUGGUUCAGAAAGCUAUAACACCGGCAGUUACGGAGAUGAUAACAGACGCGAUGACGGCUACGGUAACGGGGGUGAUUUAGAAAGCCAUAACGACGACAGUUACGGAGGUACUUUUAGACAAGAUGACGGCGGUUACAGAAGUAGUUACUCACGCGGCGGCGGCGGUCGUCACCCACCGUUGGGCAUUCCGCCACGGCCGCCACAGUUCAAUGGCCGGCCGCCGCGGCUACCGAUGGGAGGUCCGCCGCGGCAACCACCGUACAGCGGCCCGCGGCGGCAACCACCAGGUGGUUCAAUCAUGAUUGAUGGAUCGCAAAUCACCAUUGACUUACCGCAAAUGUGGUGGGGGCGGACGUGAAAAAACCGUAACAUAGUGCAUUUUCGCCGUGGAGGAUGUAGUAACUACGAAAUUGGGAAUAUAAUUGUAUUUUUUAUAUUUUUAACUAAUGUUUUACAUCGUUAUUUACAUAACGACAAAUAUUAAGUAUUGUUGGAGAUGCUCAAAUUAUUUUUUAAAUAAUAUAUAAAACAUUGCUCGAUAUUUUUGAACGCCGCCAUUUUUCUCUUGUAAUGUUUUUAUCUUAAUAUAUAAAAUACAAAAACUGUUUAUA